AUGGAGCCGCUUAAAUGCGUUCUUGUUGGUGAUACUAAUGUUGGAAAGACAUACCUUAUCAAAACUUAUAAAAACAAACAAUAUAAGAACGAAAAGAAUGAAGCUACAGUGUAUGAAAAACAUCAAAUUCAGAUUAAACAGAAAAAGAAGAAAAUUGAUGUAGAUGUUUUUGAUACAGCAGGUUCCGAAGACUAUGACCGCUUAAGGCCUCAAUCCUACAAAGACGCAGAUGUCUUUUUACUUUGCUUCUCUUUAAUUAAUCGUAAUACCUUAAAACAUAUUAAAACAAAGUGGGUUAAAGAAGUUAGGCAAACUAGCCCUGAUGUUCCGAUUAUUGUUGUCGGUCUUAAAAUGGAUCUUCGCGAUAAUUUCGAUAAAGCAGAUAUUGAUCGUAAUGAGGAUGGUGUAGAACCAAUUAAAAAGGAGAAAGCUCAAAAGCUUAUUCAAAAAAUCGAAGCAGUUCAGUACCUUGAAUGCAGUGCUAGAAAUAUGCAAAGAUUAGACGAAGUUUUUGACUCGAUGCUUUAUUACGCACAAAAGCACCAUAACCACGGCCAAGGAUGCUGCAAUAUCGCAUAA